CAGCAGAAAAAAGAAGUUUUGUGUUGGUACCACUGAUCUCCCUGAUCUCUAUCAUUCUGGAUUUCCUGCUGGCGAUCUUGAUUCUUGGCUGUUUUUUUUUGUUUCUUCCGUUUGAUCGGCUACUCAAUUUUUCUACCAUUAAAAUGAAUAAUCGAAAGCCUCCAGAAACAAGAUAUUCAAUGAGAAAACGAUUGAAAGUCGACGAUGAAAAAAAAGAGGAAAAACAAAUUCCCGUAAAAGAAAAUAAUGUUCAAAAAUUACAUAAAAUUUUCAAUUUUUUCACCGAAAAUAAAAAGAAUCUUGCCGCUGAGAUCAAGUUAGAUGAUUGUUUUCGUCUUAUGAAAUUAGAAACAGAAAUUACAGAAUUAUUUGAAUCACUUUUAUUUCAAGGAAACUGCGAUAAAAAUGGAACAAUUCAAGAUCGUCUUUUACAUGAAGCAAUUGAAGGAGACAAUUUACCACUACUAAAACAAUUAAUUAAACGCGGUGAUAUUAAAAAAUCUAUUUGCAGUCACGAAAUACCUCCUCUAUUUGAAUUAAUAGCUAAAGAAAAAUUUGAAUGGAUUGAAAUAUUUUACAAAGCCGGCGUUUCAUUUAAAGAACAAAGAACAAAAAGUGGAAUGCCACUUUUACAUUUUACCCUCAAACAAAAAGAAGUGGAUAAAGAAUUAAUGCAAAAACUAUUGUUUUACGGCGCUGAAUUAUCAGCAAAAGAUAGCAAUGAUCUUACACCUCUUCACUAUCUACUAACUGAACAGGUGAAAAUGACAAAUUGGCAAAAAAAGGAUUUUGUCAAAUUAUUUUUGAAAUUCGGUGUAAAUCCAAAUUCACGCUCACUAUUGGAAGGUGAAACACCUCUUCACACUGCUGUUCGUAAUAAAAAUGCAAUUGCCGUUCAACUUUUAUUGUUUUACGGUGCUGAUAUUAAUUUAAAAAAUAUCAAUAACGACACUGCAUUUGAGCUUAUGACAAAAUAUCCCUGUCACAAUGCAUUGUGGAGGAAAAAUAUUGAUGAAGAUUACAUAUGCUCAACGUUAAUGAAACAUUUUUUUUGGCUAAAACUCAAUUGUAAACAUAUUGAUAAAACAAUUUUAAGUCGACGAAAAAUUAUAUACUCCAAAAGACAUAUGAAAAUUGAUGCAAUUGAUAUUAAAACAUCUGAACAAUUUAAUGUGAUGUUUAUUUUAAUUUUUGGUGAAAAUAAAAUGGCAAAUUCAUAUUUAACAGGAGAUUUUCAUAUUUCGACAAUAAUGAAAAGAGAACCGUAUAGAUAUUGGAAAAGAUUUUUAAAAUUUCGUAUCAAAAAAUCAAGGCAACGAUAUAUUUUGUUAAAAAAAUGUGAAACAUUAUUUAUGCAAUUAUUUCAAUUGCCUUCUAUCUUUGUUAAAAAAAUGUUAAAAACAUUGUCAACAACUGAUUUACGAAGUUUGUAUGCAGCAUUCUAUCCAAAUAGUUUCAUGGAAAAAUUAAUAGUCGAAUCAAUAAAAUUAACCGAAGACAGUGAUGGUGAAUCAUCGGUUGAUCAAUUUCAGGAUAAUGAGGAUAAUAAUAGUGAUAAUUCAUCGUCCGAUGAAAGUGAUGAUUAAUAAUUGUCGAGAAGAAAUUAAAUUAGUUUAUGUUCUUGUUUAUGUUACUUUAUUUAAAUAAUUUUUAUAUUAUUUAAAAAAUCUUUUGUAAUUUCAGUUAUAUUUUAUUUAAACUGUGA